AAAACCCAGUUUCGAACACUCUAGAGUCUACACUCCUGAGCUCUCCGUCGCAAUUUUUCAUCUCUCUGCACCUACCUUCCUUAUCCAUGGCGUCUGCAUUUCUUUCCUUAGCAAAACCCUUCACUUCUCAACCAAUUAACAUCCCUUCUCUAUCCCCCGCCCCCAGACCCGUUGGAAUAGGUCUGAGGAGAAAUUCUCUGAGAGUUAAUGCCAUUUCCCAAAAAUGGGAACCCACAAAGGUUGUGCCACAAGCUGAUAGAGUCUUGAUAAGGUUAGAGGAGUUGCCUGAGAAAUCUGCUGGAGGCGUUUUGCUCCCUAAAUCUGCGGUGAAGUUUGAACGGUAUCUUAUGGGAGAGAUUCUCACUGUCGGAACCGAGGUUUCUGAAGUGGAGGCUGGUAAGAAGGUUCUUUUCUCCGACGUGAAUGCUUAUGAGGUGAACUUGGGAACCGAGGAAAGGCAUGUUUUCUGUAAAGAGAGUGACUUGUUGGCCGUGGUCGAAUAGAUUGCACUUACAAAGGCAAUGCAGACAUGCUAUUUUUUGUGUCAUUAGUGUUUCGAGUUGUACUUGUGCGGGAUCGCUGCCUCCGGUUUAACUCAGGAGACGACGACACGCAGCCUCAUGUAUUUCUGGCUUUGUCAUGUCAUUGAACAUCAAGACUAGAUUUUGAACUUAAAUAUGUUUAUUUUCAUCCUCUGUUUGGUCAAUAUACAUAGUAUUUUGGCUUAAGAGCUGUUUGCUUUCA